UUCUAUUUUUUUCCGGCGCUUGAAGUGACGGACAAAUUUUUAAAAAGCUGAAUUUAGCAGCCAAAACGUGGGCCUGAAACGAGCAGGUAAUCCGAAACAAUCUUAACUUUUGUCGUGAAUCUCACCGCCCAAAUACGUGGACUAAGCUUUUUUGUGCCUUCUCGGGAAGAAGAAUUUUUCAGCUUCUUCAACGCCAUCAACAAAAUAUUUUCGUCACCGCCUGAAAUUUCCAAAACCCUUUUCUUUCCACGUGCCAAACGUUUUGUUGCUCUCAUUUUCAGUAACUGCGGGUCAAAAACUGUCGUUUCACCAAUUUAAGGCCUGUGGAUGGUUUCACACUCGUAGUAAUUUUCAAGCCAUAGCCAGUUCAUCACCAAGUCAAACAAGUCUGAUCCUUUUGGAAAUUCUACUUUUCAAGCUUGUUGAUAUUUGGGAAAGAGAGGAAAUUUACUUGCUGGAAGACGGAGGUGUGAAGCUUGUACUGGAAAUAUACAAGGUUCGAGGUUAGAUUUUUUGGUGUUCUAUUGAUGCUUUGGGAAACUAUGGAGCGGUAUGAGAUUGUGAAGGAUAUUGGAGCAGGGAAUUUUGGGGUGGCCAAGCUGGCGAGAGAUAAGUGGAAAGGGGAUCUCUUUGCUAUUAAGUUCAUCGAGAGAGGCCAAAAGAUUGAUGAGCAUGUGCAGAGGGAAAUCAUGAACCAUAGAUCUCUAAAGCAUCCCAAUAUUGUUCAAUUCAAAGAGGUCCUACUAACUCCAACACACUUAGCCAUAGUCAUGGAGUAUGCUGCAGGAGGAGAACUCUUUGAGAGGAUAUGCAAUGCCGGUAGAUUUAGUGAAGACGAGGCAAGGUUUUUCUUUCAGCAACUCAUAUCAGGAGUCAGUUACUGUCAUUCAAUGCAAAUCUGCCAUAGAGAUCUUAAGCUAGAAAAUACGCUGCUGGAUGAUAGCACCGCCCCACGAGUCAAAAUCUGCGAUUUUGGAUAUUCAAAGUCAUCUGUAUUGCAUUCCCAACCAAAAUCUACUGUAGGCACACCGGCUUAUAUAGCACCUGAGAUCCUAUCCAAAAAGGAGUAUGAUGGGAAGAUUGCAGAUGUGUGGUCUUGUGGGGUAACCUUGUAUGUAAUGCUUGUUGGUGCAUAUCCCUUCGAAGAUCCUGAUGAUCCGAAAAACUUCAGAAAGACUAUCGGGCAGAGGAUACUCAGUGUUCACUACACAAUUCCGGAUUAUGUUCGAGUUUCCAGGGAGUGCAAGCAUCUUUUGUCUCAGAUUUUCGUGGCAAAUCCUGAAAAGAGAAUAAGCAUACCAGAAAUAAAAAACCAUCAAUGGUUCUUGAAGAACUUGCCAAUAGAAGUUGCAGAAGGAGGAAGGUGGGAGAAAAAUAAUGUUCAUAAUCCAUCACAGAGCAUGGAAGAAGUAUUGAAUAUAAUCCAAGAGGCUAGGCUGGUAAGUAUUGAAGUUGCAAAUGGUAGGGGAAAUUCCACUCAAGGCAGCAUGGAUCUUGAUGAGUUGGAUGCAGAUAUUGAAGAUCUUGACACUAGUGGUGAUUUUGUUUGCUCCUUGUGAGACUGUAAAUUAUUAUGUACAUAUUGAUUUUUCUGUAUCUUGAUUGAUUUUUUUAAUAUGAUAUAUAUUAAUUUUGUGUUA